AUGAGAUGUGAUAUUGGCUGUUUACAAAGAACUAGCCACAAGGGAUAUCAGUCCAUCACCACACAAUCUACUCGUGCUGUAGUUUCGACUACUGCCAAUAGAAGCUGGAUACAUCAUCGUAACUCUUUAUAUCCAGCCUGCCAAUCUAUUCAGAGCAACCCAAUUCACUCAAGAUUCUUGAGAGCUUGUCUGUCCUCCUCACCCAUUACUUCUGUCCAUAAACUAUCAACAAAAGUUCCAAUUCCACCCAGCUCUACUGUUGAAAAAUAUUGGGACGAUGUAAUGUUGAACUCAAACUAUCCUGACUAUUAUACACUCGGAUAUCGAGAUGAACCCCAUUCCAGCACGAAUGAUGAUGAAUUGAUGAAUGUUCAAAACAAUGAAAAAGGUGUUCGAAAACUAGUAGCUGGGGUUGUCAAGGCAAAACGAGAGGAUGGAGAUAUCUGGCCAUCGUUACUGACUCGUCAACUCUGCGAGUUUUAUGAAAACCAAGAUCUGACUGGACGAUCUAAAUUUUUGCAUAUACUGGCCAAGGAUUUCUGUAUUGAUUUGCAGGAAACGGCAUCUGCUGUACAGCAGUUUGAAGAAUCGCUAUGCAUGACAGAUCGUACAGUUUUACGAUCAUCAGCAAGACUACGAGAAGCAUUGAUACCUGCUUACGAUACUCUGUUUGCACGAAUCAACCAACUUCCUGGUGGAAUGCAGUUUCUUGUAAACAUGCGAGCAGAUAUCUUGAGUAUUUUGGAUGGGGAGAGGACCAGUGUGCAUUUGAAAGCACUUGGUGACUCUCUUAAAAACCGACUACAGGAGUGGUUUGGCAUGGGAUUCCUUGAUUUGGAACGCAUUACUUGGCACACACCGGCAAGCAUACUUGAAAAGAUCAUUUCCUAUGAAGCUGUGCAUGCUAUUGGGUCGUGGGAUGGUCUUAAACAGCGACUUGGUCCUGGUCGUCUUUGCUACUGCUUCUUCCAUCGUGGUAUUCCACAGGAACCACUUACAUUUGUGCAGGUAGCACUUGUCAAUGAAAUAUCGACUCGGAUUCAAAAUAUACUGACAGAUCCACAUCCCGACACCAAGGAUCCCACAGUUGCCAUAUUUUAUUCUAUUACAUCAUCUCAACGUGGACUAGGAGGUGUGGAUCUAGGCAAUUUUUUGAUCAAGCGUGUUGUCAAGGAAAUCCAGUUGAAUCACCCAACAAUCACCACGUUUUCUACCUUGUCCCCAAUUCCUGGAUUCCGUUCCUGGCUUAAAACUAUUGUGAAUGGUGAAUUAACCGGUGUUUCCAAUGCAAGCCAUGAACCACUUUUACUUUCAAGCGAGAUUGAGCAACUUGAGAAAUUGUGGCCAUCUCGGUCAUCACUCGAGUCAUUGCAGAUGAUAUCCGAGGAUACUCGAUGGCUUGAUGAUCCAGACUUGUCACGUCACUAUCAACCCAUGAUUGAACGGCUGUGCUCUCAAUAUUUAAUUCUGGAAAGCAAGCGAUCGUUUGCGCUAGAUCCAGUUGGAAACUUUCAUCUUCGAAAUGGAGCAGCUAUCCAUCAAUUAAACUGGAGAGCAGACACUUCAGAUAAAGGCACCAAGCAGUCAUUUGGCAUGAUGGUCAAUUAUAUCUAUAACCUGGAUGAUGUUGAAGCAAAUAAUCAGCAGUAUUUACUUGAUGGGAUCAUUGCUGUAUCAAAUAACCCAGUUCAACCUGCACUUGAAUGGGCAUUUUCCAAAAUGCGGAAACGCCAUACAGAUUGAUAGUCAAGAUGAAAUAUCUGGCUUUUCGUUGCUGGUGAUGCAAUCAGUGAUAUUGAUCAACUCGAUACAUUUCAGGGUUUAUCAAAUAAACAGCAUAUCUUGAUGUGCUUGAAGCCAUCAAUAACCCAGA